GUGCGAAUCCAGGAGGGGGUCUUCUACUAGUUUUGAUAGAAAAAUUAAUAAAAUAAUUGGAAUGGAUGGUGGGGUUUAAUUUAAGAAGUGAAUCACCCGAAAUAAAAUUAGGAAAGAUAUGACCAUCUAUAUAUAUAUUCGUCUUCUAAAAUAUUGUUUUGCAUUAACCGUCAAAAUAACGCUCCAACUCUCCAUAUCAUCUCGUUAACCUCCCGCGUCGCCACUAGCGCCGGAGGUUAAAAAUCUCGGCACAAUGGACUACUACAACAUACUCAAAGUGAGUCGAAGCGCUACCGACAUUGAUAUCAAGAAAUCUUACAGAAAGCUUGCUAUGAUAUGGCACCCUGACAAAAACCCUGAUAACAGAGCCGAAGCUGAGUCCAAAUUCAAGCUCAUUUCUGAAGCCUACGACGUUUUAACCGAUCCAGAAAAACGUAGGAUCUAUGAUAACCACGGCGAGGCCGUGCUUAAGUCCGGUGUCGUCCCUCCGACACCUCGGAAACAUCCUCAUUUUCCAUAUGAAUCUUCCUCCGCCUCAAGUUCGUCAUCACGCCAGAAUCGUCAUACCUCCUAUCAUUAUAACCCUCGCAAUCCUCAUGAUAUUUAUACUGAGAUCUUUGGUGAUGAGGGUAGGGAAACGGAUGGGUCUCGGAGGACAUCGACUGGUGUGCCGUUUGGUGGACAUCCGAUGAAAAAAGCUCCUCCUGUCGAGCGUCCGUUGCUUUGCAGCCUGGAAGAUCUGUAUAGAGGGGUUGACAAGAAAUUGAAGAUUACCAGAACUGUAACUGAUCAUGAUGGGAGGAGUCGUCCUGAGGAGGAAAUUGUGACUAUUAAUAUAAAACCUGGCUGGAAGAAGGGGACAAAGCUUACCUUCACUGAAAAGGGUGACCAAGAGCCUGGCAUCAUCCCAGCUGAUAUCACUUUUGUGAUUGAGGAGAAACCACAUGCACGUUAUAUAAGGAAUGGCAAUGAUUUGAUAAUUAAUCAAAAGAUGACUCUCGUCGACGCCCUUACAAAUAAAAUAUUGGAAAUCCCUACCUUGGAUGGGAGGCGACUCAUGGUCCAGUUGUCAGGUAUAAUCACACCUGGCUAUGUGCACGUAGUACCUAAUGAAGGAAUGCCAUUAUCCAAAGAACCUGGAAGGAAGGGAAAUUUAAAAAUUAAGAUCGUUGACAUCAAGUAUCCCUCGAGUCUAACUCCUCAGCAAAGAUCUGAUCUGAGGGGAGUCUUAAGUUGAAUCAAGUAAAUUUUUGUGUAUGCACAUUAUGAAUAUAUGAUGUGCAUGGUAUUUAUGCAUGUGAAUAGGGACGAAUUGGAGUGCUUACUAAGAGCUAGAAUACCAGGGUGCCAUACUUGAUUUUUUGCAGGGUAGGAAACGUAAGUUAAUGAUAGGAAGCAUCAAUCUUGGUGAAACAAAUAGGUAGUUAAAUUCUGUUGGUUUUUCAUUAUUUUACAUUAAAUUGUUUUUCCUCUUGGCUAAACUUAGGUUUAUGGAGCCUUGAUUUGAUCACAAUGAAUCAUGUUUUACACAAUCUUAUUGGAUAGAUUGUGUUGCCAUUUAUUUAUCACGGGUUAUUUGAUUGA